UUAGGCUUUGGCUUCAUCAUCUUCAUUUUGUGAAUUAUAAUUUUCGGUCGAAGAAAGUCAGAAGUAGGAGUAUUUUGCUGCGGGGAUUUUAAAUUGACGUUCUCUCAUUUAGUUUUAUCAAUUUAAAUAUAUUAAAAUUAUUUAUUUUUGUUGAAAUAUUUAUAAAAAACUGAUUAAAUGGAAUACAAAUUGGUUUCUGUACGCACUGUUGUUGUAAACGAUAUCAAUUAAAAAUUCAAUUUUUCAUAGCAUAGUUGUCCAAUUCAGCUCAUGAGUAUUCGAGAGGCUGAACUUGAUCGAAUCACUGUUAAAAUUCAUAAUAUGAAACGUAGCGCAUCGCGCGAUUCACCAAGAAACAAACACAGAGGAAGUAUGGGUCGUUACGAUAAUGGAGGAAGUUCUGAUGAGCGCAUGUCGCCUGAUCGUCUACGUCGUCGCAUGGCUCGUUCGCCAAGCCCAAGGGGACGUUAUAUGUCCCCUCAUCGUGAUGAAUAUGUACGAGUACAAUCCGACAGGCCUACCUAUAAAGUAUUGUGCGUGAGUGCACUGCAUCCAAAAGCGUCCGAUGAAUUCAUCAAGGAAACUCUGUAUAGGGACUAUAAGAAGUUUGGUGACUUUAGUAUAAGAAUAUCUCAUGAUUUGGACGAACGUGUAGCGUAUGUGUGUUUCCGCACUCCAGAAGAUGCUCGCGAAGCAAAGCACCAUAAACCAAGGGUUAUUCUUUAUGACAAAAUUGCCCUAGUUGAGCCAGUUUAUGAGUCGUCAUCGCGCAAUGAAUAUCGCGCACGUCCCCGAUCCAUUACUCCCCCGCCGGAGUAUGAUCGUCAUUAUUAUCCGCGGUCUCCAGUAGCACCACCUGGACCACCAGAAAGGCGUCGUCCACCAAUCGAUCCCUAUGAUCGUUAUGGGCCACCACCACCUGGCCCGAUGCAUCAUCCUAGAGAAUUCCGCCCUGUCGUCCACCACGACUAUCUACCCCCACGUGGACCGCCAAUGCACCAUGUACCGCCCCACAUGCAUCCUCCACCACACCACUAUAUGCCCCGACACAUGGUUCCAAGGCCACAUAUACCCUAUGAGAAGCCCGAAAGUAAGAAAGACAAGUUUCCCAAUUACUUACACCACGUUCAACCAGAAGAUGAUCCUUUAGCUACCCGAACUCUUUUCGCUGGUAAUUUGGAGGUAAAUAUCUCAGACGAAGAACUGCGUCGCAUCUUUGGAAAGUAUGGCAUCGUUGAAGAUAUUGACAUUAAACGACCACCUCCCGGCACGGGCAAUGCCUUCGCAUUUGUGAGAUAUCAAAAUCUUGAUAUGGCCCACAGGGCAAAGCUCGAACUAUCCGGACAGUAUAUUGGAAAGUUCCAAUGUAAAAUUGGUUAUGGCAAGGCCACUCCCGCAACUCGUAUUUGGGUUGGAGGCUUGGGCGCAUGGACUUCGGUGACUCAACUGGAGCGCGAGUUCGAUCGUUUUGGAGCCAUUAAAAAAAUUGAAUACCAAAAAGGCGACACGUGCGCUUACAUUCAGUAUGAAUCCGUCGAAGCUGCAACAACGGCAAUGAAGGAAAUGCGUGGCUUCCCACUUGGUGGGCCCGGAAAACGUUUGAGGACCGACUUCUCAGAAAUUGCAGGCGCCGUAUCUGCUUCGUUUAAAGCAAAAUCAACAACUCCAGCACCCUACGAAGAGGGUGGUGAAUUCAGACGCGGAGAAUACGACUACCAUGACCCGCACUACGAUGAAAUGGCAGCCUAUCAUCAUCCAGCAGCACACUAUCAUCAUCCAUAUCCACCCCGCGGAGGACACCGUGGUCGUGGAAUUUAUCGCGGCCGAGGGGCGUAUCGUGGUGGCUACCAUAAUGAUGUUCACAGACCACCACCAGCCAAUGCGGCGGAAGAGGAAUGGCGCCGUCCACCACCUGGAGAAUUUGACCGGGCACGUUCAGGAUCACGAGAACCCGGUGUUGAUAGAUCGAGAUCGCGUUCUCCCAGACGUCGCAGUCCCGAUUCAGACUCAGAUUCAUCUUCACGACGCAAUGGCGUUCUAAGCGCUGCUCGCACUCUCACAGACAUUUCUCGGAAAUGCAGCACUUUGUGGGAAGGCUCUUUGAUUCUUAAAAGUUCUCUCUUUCCUGCCAAAUUCCAUCUCACUGAUGGCGAUUCCGAUAUUGUUGAUUCUCUGAUGCGUGACGAAGAUGGCAAACAUAAUCUCCGUAUUACACAACGUCUGCGUUUAGACCCGCCUAAACUUGAGGACGUACAAAAAAGAAUAACUUCUUCAUCUUCACAUGCAAUUUUCCUUGGAUUGGCUGCUCCGACAGCUGCUGUUCCAGCUGAUGAUGCAGCCGGAGGUGUGCAGACACGGCCACUACGUAAUCUGGUGUCAUACUUGAAACAGAAGGAAGCAGCUGGUGUAAUAUCUCUUCUGAAUAAGGAGACAGAAGCCACAGGCGUUUUGUAUGCAUUCCCACCAUGUGAUUUUUCAACGGAACUCUUGAAGAGAACAUGUCACAGUGUUACAGAGGAUGGCUUGAAGGAGGAUCAUUUGGUGAUUGUGGUAGUUCGCGGGGGAACUGCUUAAAUUAUUGUAUAGAGAUUGCUUCCACUUUCGUGAGGUGGGACAGAUUUAAAAGAACAAAAAUCUCUAAUUUGUAGAGAGUUAAGAGUAGGUGGUAGAGAACGUUCAUACAACGGUAUUUUUUCAUUUAUUUUAUAAAUUUAUAUAAACUAGAUAUAGCAAUGAUGGCUAUAAAACGAAAAGUAGUACUAUAAUUAUUAUUUUAUUUUACAUCAACAAGAAGUGAAUGUUUGUGAGCAAAACAAAAACAAAACAAAACAAAAAAAAAAACAAAUUACAUAAUUGUAUAAAACAAAAAGUUCUUAAUCUUAAAUUAUAAAACGAAUACCUUUAUAAUGAAUGUGCAGUUUAGUGAGUAGAAUUAAAAACAAAAAUAUUGACGACGAUUCCUGUUUGAAAUUGUUUCCAUAAAACCACGAACAAAAAUUUACUAAAUUUUUUUCUUUCUCUAAACAAAAUUGUGUUAAAUUUGCUACUAUCUUUUUUUGAAAAUUUGUGCUCGUUUUAAAAAAAGAGAAAAAAACGUAUAUUAGGUGAUAAAGAAUGAGAAUGGUUAUCGUGGUGCAAAAACAAAAAAAAAGUAUUGAAAAUUGGAGAUAAAAAGAAGAAAUGAUUAAUGUUCUUGUGAUUUUGAUGAUGUGCUUAAUUUUCGUUGAAUAAUUUACAUAGUUUUCCUCUCAAUCGAAACAAAACGUGAUGUGCUUCUGUUUUUAGAUGGAAGAAAUUCCUCAAACCCAAUUUAAACAAAACAAAACCAAUUGUUCAUUGUUUUCUCACAGUUUUAUUGCUGAUUGAUAUAAAGUGAUGACCAAAUUGCAUGCAAAAAUUUGCAAUCAAAUUCAAAACUAUUUAAUUUAAUUUCUUUUGUUUAAUACAAUAAUACCUAACUACAUAUAACUAGUUGUUUGUGAAAGUUUCAGUUUCAGAAGUGCAAUCUGGAGAGAUCAAAUUUUCUUCUCCAUACGAUUCAGCAAAAUUCUAGUUGUGAGAGAUUGUGAAUAUAAUGCCGCCAAAAAUUUAAUUUCUCUUUGAAUUUAAAAUUCAAAAUCAAAAUUAUUGAUUUGUUUAAGUUUUUUUUUUCUUGUUGACGAACGGUGUGCAGUGGUGCAAGUAGUAAAUAGUGCAGAAUGUCCAGUGCUUGGCAUUCCAUUGAAUAUCUCCAAUCUAAAUUCUCCCGACUUGGGCAGUAUCAGAACGCCAUGUAGCAUUUGUUACAAAAUUGUUUUACUUGAAAAGGUUUUGCAAAUGUUACAUUGUUUUCUUAAUAAUUGCCAUACACAUACAAGCAUACAAGAGCACAUGACAAAGAUUACAAGUUUCAGUUUUAAUAAAUAAUAAAAUAAAUAAAUGACCACAUCUGCAUGAGGAGAUGUACAUACUCGUAAUGAGAACAAGAACACAAACAUUAUUGCUUUCUUUUAAAAAUAUGCAUAUGAAAAUCAAAAACAUACAUUUUUGGUUUAGUUUGUUUGUUUUAAUCACAAUUGAUUGUUCUUUGCAUAUGAAAAGUAUAAGCAAAGAAAAGAACCUUAUAGUUUUAUUGUGUAAGAAGUUUAUGUGAAAAACGGAGAGAAUAUUUUUCAAAAUAUUGUGCAUCAUUCUAAGAAUAAAAUUUAUCGGAUAUAAAACUUACAUAUAAAUAUGAAUAAAGUUUAAAAUAAUAAAAGUU